AUGUUUGGUUAUCAAGUCUAUAAUUUGCGGGAUUUUGCGGUCAAGGGUCAGGUGGAUGAUUAUCCCUAUGGAGGAGGAACUGGAAUGGUUUUGAAAAUAGAACCAUUAGUUCGUGCCUUGGCUACCAUUCAAGAAACUUAUCCAGAUAGUUAUCUUAUUUUACUUUCGCCCCAAGGUCGAACUUUUAAACAGAAAGAUGUGCCGCGGUUGCUUAAUCAUGAACAAAUUUCUAUUGGUGAGUUUGUCACGAUGGGAGGCGAAAUACCAGCUUUAUUAAUUACUGAGGCGCUAAUUCGGGCUAUCCCAGGCGUUAUUGAACUAGAAUCUUAUCAGCAAGAAACUUUUUUUAAUUCUCAAUUAGACUUUGCUGCUUAUACUCGUCCAAAAAACUUUAAUGAUUUCCUAGUUCCGGAAGUUUUGUUAUCCGGAUGUCAUAAAAAGAUUGCUGAGUGGCGAACCAAAAAUAGUCAAGAAAAAACUCAACAACAAGAAAAAAAGUACAAAAACAGUAAUAAAAUUGUUCUCAAUCCUAAUCUUUGA